AUGGCGCCCAAACUGGUGGCACAUCGGUUCAGGUGGGGUGCAGCAUGCGAGGUACAACACCAGCUGUUCCGCAACCCCACAAGAUCUGAUACGGUUUUCGACGCUAUUGGGACAAAUGAUGAUCUGAUCAGCCUUGCUACUGCGGAGAAGGUCGUUCCGAUCGUUCUUGAGGUCUUGCUUUCAGAAUUCUUGGUAGAUUUGCUUCUGGCAUCCAACUCAGAGCAACGUACCUUGCACCUCGAAAACGCGAUCCGUCAUUCAUGGCAUGAAGGUCUCACCCCUGUGGUCUCGCAGUUGAUGAUUACUGAACCCGGCUUCCUGCCGUAUAGCAAAUGGCUUUCGCCAAUCCUGGCGAUUCCGGACAGAGUCAACGAAAACCCGGCAAAGAAAUUGGCUAGAUUCUUUGCUGGAGACUUCGAGCGUAUGGCGCAUGGUGAGAUCAUUAUGGGCACAGGUAACGUAAGCAAGGCCAGUUGGUAUUUGAGAUGUAUGAACGUUAUAGAUGAGGAUUUGAUUGCGGCAUAUGUUGCUCGCCGGUGUGAAGCCGGAUUUUCCAAGUGA